AUGGAUCAUCAUAUCAGAGCUGACGGUGAAUCUUAUGGUGGCGAUCAACCCUCCACCUCUAAUCCUCCUGUGAACUCUAAUUUCGAGGACUUGGUAGCUGAUGCACGACGUCCACUUUAUCCUUCAGGUACUAAGUUCUCAAAGCUAUCAUUCAUCGUUAAGCUGCUUCACAUCAAGAGCAUAGGUGGGUGGACCGUGAAAUCUUUUGAUAUGGUCCUAAAGCUCUUGCAAGAGGCAUUUCCUGAUGCUCUAUUCCCUGAUUCAUAUAAUGAUGCCCGUCGCUUGGAGCGGGGAUUAGGCUUUAGUUACGAAAAGAUUCAUGUCUGCCCAAAUGAUUGUACCUCUUUUUGGAAGGAAAAUGCAUCGUACAAUGAUUGCCCUAAAUGUGGAGCAUCUAGGUGGGAGCAGAGCACAAUUCAGGGCCGAAGGAUACCACAAAAAGUACUCCGACAUUUUCCCCUUAAGCUGCGCUUGCAGAGGCUAUAUAUGUCAAAGAAGACAGCCCAAGACAUGAGAUGGCAUGUAGAUGGACAUAUUGAUGAUCCGACGUGCAUGCGACACCUAUCAGAUUCGAAGGCUUGGAAGGACUUUGAUAAGAAACAUAUGCCAUUUUCCACAGAUCCUCGCAAUGUUAGACUUGGUUUGGCCAGUGAUGGGUUUAACCCAUUCAACAACAUGAGUAGACCGUAUAGCAUUUGGCCAGUACUGCUUGUGCCGUACAACUUGCCCCCCUGGCUAUGCAUGAAAGAACCAUACACUAUGCUCUCGUUGCUAAUACCUGGCCCUAAGUCACCAGGUAAUGAUAUUGAUGUCUUUCUGCGUCGUCUACUCGAUGAGUUGAAGGAGUUAUGGGAAGAGGGUAUUCGUACGUAUGAUGCAUACAGCAAACAACACUUUAUGUUGCAUGCAACGCUACUCUGGACAAUCAAUGACUUCCCCGCAUAUGCCAAUCUUUCUGGGUGGAGUACAAAGGGCAAGAUGGCAUGCCCCCAUUGCAUGACUGACACAAAUUCACAAUGGUUGGUAUAUGGCCGCAAGCAUUGCUAUUUGGGUCAUCGACGAUGGUUGGCCCCAGAUCACAGUUUGAGACAUAAUCUGGACGUCAUGCAUAUAGAGAAAAACAUAUGCGAUAACGUUGUUGGAACAUUGUUGAAUAUUGAAGGUAAAACUAAGGACUCUGCCAAUGCACGUAAAGAUUUGGCCAAUCUUGGAAUAAGGAAAGAAUUGCAUUUACAACAAAAUGGUGAGUCUAUAACCAUGGGUCUUGGAUGCUACAUGUUAAAUUUAAAUGAGCGAAGGGCUUUUUGUGAGUGGUUGUCAAAAGUUAAAUUCCCUGAUGGGUUCGCAUCGAAUAUUGCCCGGUGUGUCAAUGUUCGUGAGGGAAAGAUCAGUGGAAUGAAGAGCCAUGAUUGUCACGUAUUUAUGCAAGCACUGUUGCCGGUUGUUAUUGGUGGGUUCUUACGGGCCGACGUGCGUCAAGCCUUACUAGAGUUGUCUUGGUUCUUCAAGGAAUUAUGUUCCCGAACUUUGAACUUACCAGUGUUGCAUCGUCUUCAUGCUAAUAUUCCCUUGAUUCUCUGCAAAUUAGAAAUGAUAUUCCCUCCAGCUUUUUCUGAUAUCAUGGUGCACCUCUCUAUUCACUUGUCAGAGGAGGCUCUAUUUGCAGGACCCGUGCAAUACAGAUGGAUGUAUCCUUUUGAGAGGUACUUAGGAAAGUUCAAGCGGUACGUCCGCAACAGAGCCCGUCCUGAAGGCUCAAUUGCUGAGGCAUAUGUGCAUCUCGAGUGCCUUACAUUCUGCUCUAUGUACCUCCAUGAUAUAGAAACUAAGUUUAAUAGAGAGGAACGCAAUAGUGAUGUACUUAACAGUUCUGCUGAGGAGGGGAAUAGGGCAAGUUUAUCGGUUUUCUCACAGAAAGUUAGACCAUUGGGGACAGGGCACUCCCACAAAUUAGCCGACAUACUAAUGGUCAAGGCCCGAUGGGAGCACUAUAACAAGAUGAAAGAAGAGAACCCUGAUAACAUCGAUCGUAGGCACCAGAGUCAAUUUCCAUCGUGGUUCAGGGCACGGAUUCGAGAGCUACGUGCAGUUAGGCCAACAGAGGUAUCCGACGACAUAUAUGCAUUAGCAUGUGGUCCAGAUCCAUGGGUCGCAUCUUAUGCUAGAUGCAUAAUGAAUGGUGUUCGAUUCCAUACAAUGGAGCAUGAAAGGCAUCGCCGCACUCAAAACAGCGGGGUUGCAGUGCAUGGCGAGCAUCGGGGAUCCACCGUUGACUUCUACGGAGUGUUGCAUGAUAUUAUAGAAAUACGCUACAUGGGUUGGCGUAAGGUUUAUCUAUUUCAAUGCAGUUGGUAUGAUGUUGGCGACCCGAGAAGGGGGAUAUGGGUUAGGGACCACUUAACGUUGGUGAAUACUGCUAGGCAGUGGUAUAAAGAUGAGCCGUUUGCCCUUGCGUGCCAAGCAAGUCAAGUAUUUUAUUUGUCCGAUCCAAUUUUGGGUGGAAGUUGGCAGGUCGUCCAUAAGGUAAUAAGUAGAAAUGUUUACAACCUUCGCGCAAUGACGCCUGUUGAGGAUGCGCUUGAUGAUGGUGAGUCAUCAUGGGAUGACUUAGGCGAUGACGAUCGUAAUAAUCUAGACAACUAUCCCCCUACUCUUGAUGUUGAUGAAGCCAUGCCCGAUCCAUUGAACCAACUCGGUGACGAUGAAAUGGGAAUGGAGGACAUAAGUGACGAUGACAACUCGGAGAACGAGUCCAGCCAUCCUCUGACUAGGGAGGAUGAUGAUUAG